GGUGACCGUUCCUCCCAGGCUGAUGCUGGGUAUGAUGCUGGCCACUUGGUUCCUGUCCAUGUGGAUCUCCAACACUGGGACCAGCACCAUGAUGGUCCCGAUCGUCAGAGCCAUUCUGCAGCAGAUGAGGAAAGGGAAAAAAUCCUCUCACCACAUGGAAAUGGCAGUCGAUCAUUCGGAAGUUGAAGGAAAAACGAACGGGACACUGCACAACGGCACUGCCCUGGCAUCAAAAGUAAACCAUGAACCGGUGGCGAUGUGGAAGUGAGUAAUCACACACACACACACACACACACACACACACACACACACACACAC